AUGGACCGAAAACGCCCUCCGCCGUCGGCUCGUAUACCUCGCUCGUCAUCAUCAGCAUCAGCAUCGCAAACUCCAAGAAUAAAUACUGUCCAUGAUAUACCACCCGAACUUCGUGAAAUGCUAGCCAGUAAUAUUCGAGAAUCGAGGGCGAAUAAUAGUAGUGGUAGUGGUAGUAAUAACAGGAUACAAGAAACAAGUUCCGAGACGCCGAAGCGUAAGAAACCGUUGACGAGACGGGCUGUUGGUGCUACUACGACGUCUAUACCUACAAUCUCUUCUGCUGCUUCUGCUGCUGCUGUGAAAGCGCCGGUUGGUGGUGGAUUAAAUAGUGGUGAAAUUGGUAGUAAAACAUCGAGUUCAGCUGCGGCUGGUGGAGGGCAAUCGCAAUUAUCGGAGGGAAAGGCGGGAUCUAAAGAGAAUACAAAGAGUGUCGCUAGUCCUGCGAAGGUAUCUGUCGCGACAGUGCCAGCUCCUACACAAAAAGCUUCUGCGCUGGUGCAGGAUAGUGAAAGUGAAUAUGAUGAAGACGACGAUGACGACGACGACGAAUUCGGAGACGACGAUGAAAUAGAAUGGGAAACGGUAGAUCUAAGUACCCUCAAAAAAAAUACACCAAACCCACUAUCCACGCCCUCUGAACCACUAAUCUUAACCCUCACCACCCCCUCUAAACCCUCCAAACAAAAAUCAUCCACAGCCAAAAAGCCCCCAACCCCAGCAGAACGUAAAAUCCGUCUCGAAGUCCACAAACUCCACCUUCUCUGUCUAAUCUCCCAUCUUCACCUCCGCUCCACCUUCUGCAACGACCCGAAAUCCCAAUCCUCCCUGCUCCCCAUCCUCGAAAAACGUAUAAUAUCAGAAUUAAACGACACCUCCUUUCAACAAUCCAAAAUCUUCAAACAAGGUCUCUCCAAUGCCGCUGCAGCCUUCAAGCGACGUUAUAAAAUCACAAAACCGGGUGCCAGAAAAGCAUUAUGGGGAUACACCCCUCCCUCUUUCGAUUCAAUGUGGGGUGACAUACCCAUAGGGAUCGAUGAAUUCCGAUCCUCAGCCAAGAAAUUAUCAGGAUCUAGAGAUCUAGGAACCCAAUUGUUUUGUGCGUUACUGAGACGGAUGGGAUUAGAUGCGAGAAUAGUCUGUAGUUUACAACCCUUGAGUUGGCAGUUUAAAGCGAAAUAUUGUAUUGAUGACACGAAACGGGAGAAUAUGAAGUUUUUGGACGAGGAUAGAGAUGAUUAUCAAACGAGUGAUGAGGAUGUGGAUACUGCGACUUUUGCGGGGACUCCUAAUAUGAUGUUUGGAGGUGCGGGACCCGUGAAGACGAACUUUAGGAUUGCACCACCUGUUGCGCCGGUGAGAACUGGAGGAGUGGUGGGGCCUCCGAAAGGCAAGAAAAAAACCACAAAGAAAAUACAAAUCCAUGACCCGACACUCCCAAUCUACUGGGUAGAAGUCUUCGACGUCGUCAACCAAUCCUGGAUCACAAUCGAUCCACUGGGCGCCGGUAUCAUCCGACCUCUUACAAACCUAGAACCACCCCAAUGGGACUGGGAAAACGAAAUGUCAUAUGUGAUCGCCUUCGAUAACGAUAAUUACGUUCGAGAUAUUACUAGGAAAUAUGUUAAAGCAUAUAACAGCUACACCAGAUCUCUGCGAGUAGAAGCUACUCUUGAUGGCGAAAAAUGGUGGAAAAAGGCAUUAGAAUUGUAUAACCUACCAACAUUUCUAGCUCCCGAUCGAGAUCAAUUCGAAGACGGAUUGAUGAAUGAUCGAGUACUACGCGAAGGAAUUCCUAAAAGUCUGGCCGCGAUGAAAAAUCAUCCGGUAUUCGCGAUUGAAGAACAAUUACGACAGAAUGAAGUCAUCCAUCCAAAGAAUGCAUGCGGUACCAUGGCCGGGAAGAAUAAAAAACCUACCCCCGUUUAUCGAAGACAGGAUGUCAAACAAGUCAAAAGUGCCACUCAAUGGUAUAUGCUCGGUCGAGAAAUCAAAGCAGGAGAACAGCCCUUGAAGCACAAGAAAGCUCGAAAAGCAAGGCGUGCACCAGAUCCCGAUGACAUGGACCUCGAUGAGAUGGAAGAUAUGGAUGAAAUGGAUACUGGGAUGUAUGCACACUUUCAAACGAUUACGUAUCAACCGGAACCGUGCAUUGGACCUGUUGUCCCCAAAAACGCCUACGGAAACAUCGAUCUUUACGUCCCGUCGAUGCUACCCGAAGGGGGUGUUCAUAUUCCUCACAAACUUGCAAGGGUUGCGGCGAACUUCCUGGGGUUGGAAAGGUUUGUGGCGGAUGCGGUUACGGGGUUUGAUUUUAGGAAUGGAGGGAAAUCGACGCCCGUGAUUAAUGGUAUUGUGGCUGGUGUUGAGUGCGAAGAAGGGAUUUGGGAGAUGAUUGAGUAUAUUGAGAAGGAACAGGAGGAAGAGGCGGAUGAAGUUAGACGGUUAACGGCGCUUAAUCUUUGGAGGAAGUUUUUGGUGGGGUUGAGGAUCAAGGAGAGGGUUGAUGAGUAUGCAAUGGAUGAUGAAGAAGCGGUGGUAGAAGAGGAAGGGCUGGAGGAAGAGGAAGAGGAGGACUCAUACCCAUCGCGUACGGUUGACCCGGCUGAAAGUGGAGGGUUUAUGGUUGAUCAACAUGAAAGUAUGACGUCUGUUGCUGAUUCAAAUAUUGGCGAUGGCGGGUUUUUUACAAAUGAUCUUGAGGAUAUGGCAGGGGAGUUGAUGAGAAAUAACACAAAACUGGCUCGUGAGAAAGAGGAGGGACGACUGCUCGAGGAAGCUCGAGCGAGACGGGCGAAGCUUACGGAGAUUGAGCUACAGAAGGUUGAGACUGGGGAGUACUAUGAUCCAGAUGCAUUUGAAGGUGGGGGUGGUUUCUUUGUUGAAGAUACUAUAGUGGAGGAGCCUAAGGUGGAUAAGGGGAAAGGACGUGCUCUUGACAGUUACAUUUUCACCGGUGAGGGUGGUUUUUUUCCAGAGGAACCAACGGUAAUUGAGGGAGAGGGAAUGGGAGGCGGGUUUCUUGUUGAAGAAUCCGAAAUGGAUCUAGUAUCAACAUCGACAGCUAAUAUUGGGAAGAGGAAAAGAGAUAGUACAGAAGAUCUCGGAGGGGGGUUCAUGGUUGACGAAGCUGAUGUCGAUACUAACACACGGCAAAACAACGAACAACCUCCCCAAGGUCUACUAGAAGGAGAAAAAGAAGAGGAAGAAGACAAAUCUAUGGAAGAGAAUAUAGGAGAUGGUGAUGGUGAUGAUGAUGAUGAUAUUGGAGAUGAUUUUGAAUACGAAGAUGCGGGAUGGACGUCUGAUUAG